AAACAGAGCUAAUAAAAAACAAUCGACCAUCAGCGUGUAGCAGCAGUUCUACACCAGACUUAAAUUCGUAACAGCAGACAAAUGGAUUGGGUGAGAAUUUUCAAGAUGAGAAGCACAGUGCUAAUAAUUACAGUGUUUAUGUCAGCAGCUACUACAAGUUUAGAAACAACCACGACUUUGCAGACGACAACCCCUCAGCUUUCAGCUACAACAAGUCUAGAAACACCAAUGGCUUCAGAGACAACAAGCCCCCAGUUUUCAGCUACUACAACUGUAGAAACAACCAUGGCUUCAGGCACAACAAGCCCCCAUCUUUCUGCUACUACAACUCUAGAAACAAGUACAGCUUUAGAGACAACAAGCCCCCAGCUUUUCCCUACUUCAACUCCAGAAACAACCAUGGAUUCAGAGACAACAAGCCCCCAGCUUUCUGCUACUACAACUCUAGAAACAAGUACAGCUUUAGAGACAACAAGCCCCCAGCUUUUCCCUACUUCAACUCCAGAAACAACCAUGGAUUCAGGGACAACAAGCCCCCAGCUUUCCUCUACUACAACUCCAGAAAAAAACACGGCUUCAGAGACAACAACUCCCCAGCUUUCAGCUUCUACAACUCUAGAAACAACCAUGGCUUCAGUGACAACAAGCCCCCAGCUUUCCACUACUUCAACUAUAGAAACUACUACAGCAUCGCCACCGCCGACGACAACAAUCAUCACAACGCAGACAACAACAACAACCACUACAAUGCCAACAACAACAGUGCCGACCUUAACGCCCGAUCCAACCAUUCCUCUGCCAAAAGUGGCCAUAGCAUUUGUCCUGACAGUCUUGUAUGAGCCAGACCUUGGAAAUCACCAAAGUAACACAUUUAAGAGACUAGCAGCAGUCGUCAAAAAGGGGUGUGAUACCAUCUAUAAAAACAAGUUUGGACCUCAUUUCCUCUGGACCAUUGUGAUCGCUUUCAGACAAGUCGUCAGAACCCGAAUGACGGGUAAUGUGGAGACGGAGCUCGAGUUGGUCUUCGAUGGAUCCUCUGCUGAUCCGAUACCAGGUUCCAGUGAGAUCGUUGAAACGCUUAAAGAAGCAGCUUCAAACCAAGCCUCAGGAUUGAACCUCAGCAUUGAUAUUGCAUCCAUCGCUGUUAUUAGAGCAUUGCAGACAAUUCCAGUGACCAUCUUGACCAAUGGCACUUUUGUGGCUGCUCUCUCAAACUCAAGUUCACCUGAAUAUCGUAACAGGACAUCCAUGAUUAAAACCGGGCUGGAACCAUUUUUCAUUGCUGAUUAUCCAACAUCCUUCAUAGUUUUAUCUUUAACAAACAUCAGUGAUGCCAGUGUAAAAUCAAUCAGUGAGGCUACGAUUCGAAACGCAAUGGAUCUUACUUUUGCAGCGAACAGCACUUUACCCAAUAGCACCCAGAUAGUGAACACUAUAGUCCGAGCUGCCAACAACAACACGCUGCCCUUCAAAAUCUUCACUUAUUCAAUCGUGAUAAAUGGAACAGCUUACUCUUCAGGUGAAGCGAGCAGUCAGACCAGCAUGUUGACGGCUUCACUCCUGGUCGUUUUGUCACUUCUGGUCACACGGUUCGAUUGAACGUAGUCAUACGUGUUAGUACAUCUAAUGCAUAUGAUUUAACUAAAUGAAUACACCUAUUGAAUAAUGGGGAAAUGGGGAAAUCUCCAUAGUAAAAAAAAAAUAUGUAUACUACAUUUGUAUUUAAAAUGCACUUAUUUCAUGCUAAGUGUUAAUGAUUAUGUACUGUCUGUGGCUAUAUCCAUUGUUUCCAUAAGGCUGGCUUUCUUCUCCUUACAUCCAAAAACACACUUCUUCUUUCAUGCCAUUGUUGAGUUUUGAAAUUAAAACAAAGCUGUCACGUGAUGUAAUUUUUGUAAGUUCUAGCGUCUCCCGCUGAUUGACGGGUGGGCGGGGUUUUCCAGGGGAAGUGCCCAUAAAAAGAAGUAAUACUUAUAGAAACCCCCGAAACGUCAGUUGGACCUGUAAUUGAAAAAAAAACUUUCAGAAACUUGUACAAACCCUGGCGACGUGCAUUCGGCACAGAAAUACUCUGUAACACUGCUUUUUUGACACUUUUUCUAUGUUUGACAUGAGGAAACAACUCUAUAACUGUGUUAAUAAGUCAGAAUGCAUAAAAUACCAUUGAACCCCCCCUUUAAAGUUUAUGAGGGGCUGCAGCCAAAAUAACAAACAUAACUCCACUACCUUAACAUAAACUAACUACCCUAAAAGAAAAAAAAUGCAACACAAAUAAAAUAACAAACAAACCCAGGAGAAAAUUAAGUUCUAUUCCCAAGCAUAGGUGGCACCCAACUCACUACUAACAAAGAAAAAAAACUUAUAAUAACUUUUGUUAAACUACAUGAGCAUGUAUCAAAAGUAUCUAAUAGUCAUCUGAAGAAGAAAGGUCAUCUCCAUCGUCAAUUUUUACAAUCUCAUUAUAAUUCAAGAUGAAUACAACACAGAGCAAUAAUUUACCUCCACUAAAACACAUAGACGGAGCAGUGAGCUCUAGAUCAACAGCUUUGAACAUUAUACAAGUACAUAAACUAUUAAACUGAGGACGAGGAUACUAAGCUGCCCUCACAGAUCUGCAUC